AUGACGGUUUCUUACACCCUUGAAGUGGCCGACACGCGAUUCGGUGGCUUCUCCAAGCUCCUGUUCAGGUGGAAGGGGAGCAUCUACAAGCUGCUCUAUAAAGACUUCCUGCUCUUCUGUGGAGUUUAUCUGUUUUUCAGUUUGUUCUACAGGUUCCUCCUCACAUCAAAGCAGCAGGAUCUGUUCGAGCGAGUCUCUCUUUACUGCGACCAUUUCACCAACACCAGCUUCAUCCCAGUUUUGUUCGUACUGGGGUUCUACGUGACCCUGGCCUUCAACCGCUGGUGGGGUCAGUACACCAGCUUCCCUCUGCCCGACAACCUGAUGAUGGUGGUGUCCGGGAACGUCCACGGGGCCGACGAUGGGGGCCGUCUGCUGCGACGGACGCUCAUGAGAUACGCCAACUUGUCUUCGGUCCUGAUCCUCCGCUCCAUCAGCACGAGGGUUCACAAGCGGUUCCCAACUCUGGAGCACGUCGUGGAGGCGGGAUUUAUGACUACGCACGAGCUGAAGAACUUUGAAUCGCUGCACUCUGAUUUCAACAAGUACUGGAUGCCUUUGACUUGGUUCUCCAACCUGGCGUCCAGAGCGAGACAGGAGGGUCGAGUGAGGGACGACAUCGCUCUGAGGCUGCUGAUGGAUGAGCUGAAUAAGUACAGAGGCAAGUGCAGCCUCUUGUUCCACUACGACUGGAUUAGCAUCCCUCUGGUCUACACGCAGGUCGUUACUUUAGCGGUUUACUCUUUUUUUGCCUUCUGUGUGGUCGGCCGACAGUUCCUGAACCCCGAGAAGGGAUACACGGAUCACAAGCUGGACAUGUACGUCCCCGUUUUCACCCUGCUGCAGUUCUUCUUCUACGCCGGCUGGCUCAAAGUCGGGGAGCUCAUCAUCAAUCCGUUCGGCGAGGACGACGACGACUUUGAAACCAACCAGCUGAUCGACAGAAACAUUCAGGUGUCCAUGCUGGCUGUGGAUGAUAUGUACCAGAACCUGGCUCCCAUUGUGAAGGACAAGCACUGGACACAGAGACAUUUCUCCAUCCCGUACACUCUGUCGACAGCAGCAGAGACUCUCAAACCGGUCUUCAAAGGCUCCACCUUUGACAUGAGGAUGAGUGCCGAGGAUCUCGAGAUUCACCAGCCUGCCGCAGACACUUCUUCUGGAAAGACACGGUAUUUACCUCUGAAGGGCUCUCUGGGCGAAGGGCUCGACAGUCUUCUGCAGAGGGGCAAAGGCAUCCUGCGAGGUGGGAGCCUCCCUUCUCUGGUGGACGCGUCACCACACACACACGAGGAGGAGGACGCUUCCCCCGAGGGCGCCGUCGACACCAUCGACACCAUCGACCACAAAGAACAAGAACAUGCAUGGAUCAAAGUUGCGGUGGAACACAACUAG